GUAGUCCGUUCAAAGACAUAUGGUCCAAAUCCAGUUCGAGUGCUAGCCCGUUCCAAUUUCCAAAGCUCAGCCGACUGAGCUAUCCGUCGGACUGGAAAAAAAAGAAGCAACAGAGCUUGUGUAGAAAUACCGGAUUUUUCUUCUGAAUCAGAACAUUCGGUAGAGACCCUAUUGAGCAAUGUCCAAGAAAAAAGCAGCCAAGGUUUACAGCCUACUCAACAGCAAUGGAGUCAAAGGGGCUGUCUACUAACAGAGAAAGAAGGAUUAACCGAAAACAGAUUCUUGAGAAGAAGAAGGCCAUUGAUGAACUGAUAAAAGCAGCUUCUUCUGAGAAGGAACCUCUUUGUUCUUUCUCUCCUUUUCGUCGUUACGACAAAAAUGGUCUCUCUGUGUACUUGGAAUCAGGGCGCGGAGAUAAGCUAUCCUUUCCUGUUAAACAAUAUAUUCAAAACCUCCUUAAGGUCAAUAUGGAGGGGCCAUAUGGCUCUGAAUGGUCAGUAGAAGAGAAGGUAAAGCGAAGGGAAAUGGUUGCACCAGAAGCGCGUUAUAUAUUUGUUUAUGAGGCUUCGGAUGCAGGUCAGUGUGAGUCAUUGACAAUGCAUUCUGCAGAGAAAAGGACUUCAGCUAGUUGUCUGAAACAUAAGGAACACAUGGUUGGAUUUGUACAUUAUCGAUUUAUCUUAGAGGAAGAGGUACCUGUUCUUUAUGUUUAUGAAUUACAACUGGAGCCUCGUGUACAAGGGAAAGGACUGGGAAAAUUCCUAAUGCAACUAAUUGAGCUUAUUGCAGAAAAGAAUCACAUGGGUGCUGUGGUGCUGACUGUUCAGAAAGCAAACACAGAUGCUAUGAAUUUCUACAUGAAUAAGCUGAGAUAUCUUAUAUCUACCAUUUCACCAUCAAGAGUUGAUCCAUUGAUAGGGCAUCAAAAGAGCUAUGAAAUCCUUUGCAAGACAUUUAAUCAUGAGGCCAAGGCUGUAUUGGAGGUAUGCCAAGAGAUAUGAACUUCUAUCUUUGAUGCUUCAGGAGUUGCCUAUGAAAUACUUUGCGAUUGGCAAUCUCAGGAAUGCAGUAGUAUCAUUUACAUCUUCUUUAUACGCAUUUUUGAUUAUAUAUCCAUUGCCAUCUCUUUUGACUACCUUGAGGAUGUUUUGUUUCUUUUUAAGUGUAGAAAAUACACCCAUCAUUCUUUUUGAGUUAGGCCAGUUGAACCAUGUGCUGUGGUAUGGUCACUUGAACCAUGUUACUUUUUGUAGGUAAAGACUUACCAUGGUCAUUAAUGGCUUUUUUUGUUUUGCUCUUUUUUUUUUUUUUUUUUUUUUUUUUUUUUUGGUGGUAAGUAAUAAGUGAAAAAUAUUAUAUUCAUACAUUCCAUUUGUACUAUGUCCAAAAGAAAAUUCCAUACUUUUGGAGAAAGAUGUUGGAUAUGCAAUGAGACUGUCCCAAGGUUGAUGGUUCUUUUCU